ACGUAUUCUCCCGCGGCAGCGACGGCACACUCCCUGUGCUGCCAGGUCCCAGCGCCGGCGAAGUCGCAAUCGCAGCCGAGAGCUCGCCCCCCUAUAAAGCCACCACCAGCCGCGCGGCCCCAUCUUCUUCUCAAGUCCAAACACAUCCAUCACGGGGCCAAGCAGCUGACUAGCCGAGCGCAUCCAUUCAGUUCACCGAUCGGGACAAGCACAGGUGGGGGAGAAGAACGCAUGGCGAGCGGGGGCGGCAAGGCGAAGGCGUCGUCGUGGGCGGCGGCGAUGAGCGUGGGCACGGUGGAGGCGCUCAAGGACCAGGCAGGGCUGUGCCGCUGGAACUACGCGUUCCGGUCGGCGCAGCAGCGCGCCAGGGGCGCGGCUGCCGCCGGGGGCGGCUCCGGCUCCGGCGGUACCGCGCGCUCGCUGCCUUCGGGGGGCGCCGCGGCGGCGGCCGCGAGGAGGAAGGCGAGGCAGCAGGAGGAGGAGCUCCGGACAGUCAUGUACAUCAGCAACUGGGGACCCAACAACUGACUUGUUUGGCCGAUGAGCAGUUAGAUUAGGCGCUACCGUUUCAUCCAUGUGUGAUGAGUAGUAGUAAUGUAUAGUUUGUUGCGCGAUCAGUUCGUGUGGGCGGAUGGAUCAUCCAACGUGUGCGCUAACGUGUACGCUGCAAAGUUGUUGAUGAACAAGAUCUUAAUUUUGCAAAAUAUCAUCCAGGUGUCCA